AUGGAGUAUGGUUGUAUACAUUUAUACUUGGAGCACCAGUAUGAGAUUGAUCUCAAUGGAUUUAAUGUUAAUGUGCCUUUCAUGUCUCUAUUGAAUGCAUCAACGUUUAUAGAAAACACUAAAGCUAAUGACAACAUGGUGAAUGAUGACAUUGAUUAUGAUGAGAAUGGAUCUGAUUUAGAGGAUGUUGAAGUGAUGGAAGCUAGGGACAGAAUUAAACAUUACAAAAAGUUGGAAAAUGAGCUUGAAGAAGAACUAGAUUAUUUGAAGAGAGUUGCUGCAAGGAGAGGAAAUGAUAAACUGAAUGUAGGGAGUGAUGUAGAGGCAUCAGACUCCUCUGGAUUUAAUAGCACAUAUGAGGAGUCGGAUGAAGAUGAUGUUGGUUUUUUGGUUCCACCGCCUUCAAACAAGUCUUCUAAGCUGCAUAACAUAUCAUACAAACCUGGAACUACACCUCAAAACACAUAUUUCUCAGUUGGUAUGGACUUUCUUAAUGCAAAUCAAUUCAAGAAAGCCUUAAGUGACUAUUGUGUGAAUAAUGGCAAAGAUGUGAAAUUUACAAAGAACCAUAAAGAUAGGGUGGGAGCAAAGUGUAAGGCUACUGGUUGUGAGUGGUCUAUUUGGGCUUCUUGGGAUGGGAAAAAGAAGACUUUUAGAGUCAAGACGUACAAUGGGGCACAUAACUGUGGCAGGACUCAAAAAUCUAAAAAAAUAAGUCGUCGAUGGAUUGCUAAUCACUACCAUAACAAGUUUAAGAUAAAUCCAUAUUGGAAAAUGCAAGAGAUUGUUGAUACUAUCUGGAAUGAAUGGGGUUUAAAAAUUUCAAUUAAAAUGGCCCAUAAUGCUCGAAAGGAAGCACAAAAAAUGGUGCUUGGAGAGUAUCAGGAACAAUUUAAGCUUCUUCCUCGAUAUGCAGCAGAGAUUCUUAGUUCAAAUCCUAAUAAUAAUGUCAAGUUCAAGUUAGAGGGUGGUCAAUUUAAGGCCAUGUACUUGUGCUUUGAUGCUCUAAAGCAAGGAUUCCUUAAUGGUUGUAGACCAAUUAUCUCACUCGACGGUUGCUUUUUGAAAGGCCCUUAUGGAGGUCAACUUUUAGUGGCUGUUGGUAGAGAUGGUAACAACCAAUUCUUUCCCGUAGCUUGGGCAAUUGUUGACAUUGAGAAUGGGGUGAACUGGACAUGGUUUCUAAGUUUAUUGGCUGCUGACUUGAAAACUACUAGAGGGGCUGGCUACACAUUUAUGUCAGACCAACAAAAGGGUCUGAUUAAUUCUAUUGAUGAGAUAUUUCCUGAAGCAGAAAAGAGAUGUUGUGCCAGGCAUGUGUACUGCAACUUUAGGGAGAAGUUUGGUGGGGGAAAAGAAUAUAGGAAACAUUUUUGGAGAAUUGCAAAGUCUACAACUGAAAAUGAGUUCAAAGAAAGAGUUGCUGAUUUCGGAAACUUAAAUGAAGCUGCUGCACAAGAUUUGUUAAACAGAAACUACAAGAAAUGGUGUAGAGCUUUUUAUAGCCCUCUUAGCAAGUGUGAUAGUGUUGACAAUAACAUGAGUGAAGUCUUUAAUGCUUAUAUCCUCAAUUCCAGGCACAAACCCAUAAUUACUAUGCUGGAGGAUAUUAGGGAAGGUUUAAUGGAGAGGUUACAUAAGAAGAGAGACAUGUUCAAUGGUAAGCAAUGGUUCUUAUGUCCUAGGAUUCAACAAAAGCUUGAGACUUCUAAAGUUCAUGCAAGAGGAUGGGCAGCUUAUUGGGAUGGGAGAUUCUCUUUUGGUGUGAGAGAAGGAGCCACACAAGUCAAAUAUGUUGUCAACUUGUUGAAUAGAACUUGUAGCUGCAAUGCGUGGCAAGUUAGUGGCAUUCCUUGCAAUCAUGUUGUAGCUGCAAUAUGGAAGAAUGGUGAUCCUCCAGAGCAAUAUGUGGCAGAUUGGUUUCAUAAGUGCAACUAUUUAAAAGCAUAUCAGUUUAAUUUAGAGCCUCUUAGUGGCCCCCAAGUGUGGCCAACAUCACAAUACUCCAUACAACCACCUCCUGUCAAAAAGGUAAAUGCUUGUAGACCAAAAAAGAAAAGGAGAUUACAAGCUGGUGAGAUUGUUAGAGGGAGAAAAAUAAGCAAGGUGGGGAGUGAAAUGUCAUGCACAAAAUGUGGACAACAAGGUCAUAACAUCAGAACUUGUAAGAAUGAUCAAGAUAUAUUAAAUUUUGCUCCAUCUAAGAACCAAAAACAACAGCAAACAAAGCCACAACAGAGGAAGGGGCGGCAAGAACAAGGGUUUGAAAAUUCAAGCCUUCCUACUCAACACUCACAUGUACCUAUGCACCAAACAGGGAUUGGAAUCUAUACAUAUCCAAAUGGGUUUCAAAGACUUGCAACUGUGCAACCAUUAAGGGGAGGUGUAGCGGUGUAUAAUGAUAAUGAAGGGCAUAAUACCUUGCAUUCCAUCACCUCUAAUCAUGAAACUGUUCCAGACAUGUCACAAAGUAACAACACUAGAGCACCAUGGUUCUCUGCCUCCACUUCUAAAUACUAUUAUCAGGGAGGUGGACUUGACUACAACAUCUGA